GUGAAUGAAACAUCUCGGUUUAACAAUUUAGACGAUACUAUCUAGAAGCAGAUUUAAUAUUAACCGAAUUGCGCCAGCGCAAUUCCGACGGAAGGACUGAAAUUCAAUUCGUUCGUUUCCGCAAAAAAAGAUUCAAGGGACAACCAGAUGGAAUAAAAUUAUCUCACGUACAUAUAAGCAGUUAUAUAUCGUAAUAGCAAACAGUUUCCCGGAACGGACAUAAUAGUAUUGUACAAGUUUCUGUAUCCGACGGACAAACAAAACGUUAAGGUUCCGCUAUUUCACGAAGUGGAAGCCAUUGAAAUACAUUGAAGUUUCUUCGUUGUUGCUGAGUGAACACUACAUUUAACGUUUCAAGACAUAACGGUUCCUUCGAGGCAGUGAUGGCUGUCAAGGGGCUGGUAGCAGCAAUUGUUCAAUUUUUAACCCAACAAUUACAGGAAGGUGAUAUUACCGAAGAGUCUCGGGAGAGUCUCGAAGUGGCGAUACAAUGUUUAGAAAGUGCUUACAAUGUACAAGCAUCUGAUACUCCUGCAAAUUUUAACUUAUAUGAAAUAUAUAAGUCUACUGCAGAAAAGGAUAAACCUCCAGUGGCUGCAGAAUCUACCGCACAAGCAAAAGUUACUCCACAAGCAAAAGCUGAAGCUGAAAGAUUGAAGAAUGAAGGAAAUAAUUUCAUGAAAGCUGAUAAACAUAUAGAAGCUCUUCUGAAUUACACAAAAGCAAUUGAAUUAGAUGGCCACAAUGCAGUGUAUUAUUGCAACCGUGCUGCAGCAUAUAGUAAAAUCGGCAACCAUCAACAAGCAAUUAAAAAUUGUCUUACUGCAUUGUCUAUUGAUCCUUCCUAUAGCAAAGCAUAUGGUCGUUUAGGUUUAGCAUAUUCCAGUAUGGAAAAACAUAAAGAAGCUAAAGAAAGCUAUCAGAAAGCUUUAGAAAUGGAGCCUGACAAUGAAAGUUAUAAAAACAAUUUAAAAGUAGCAGAAGAGAAGUUAGCUCAACAAGGCACUAGCAACACAGGAUUAGGUGGGGGUGCAUUUCCAGGCAAUGAUCUUAGUUCACUUUUGAGUAAUCCUGCUCUUAUGAACAUGGCACGUCACAUGUUAACUAACCCAGCACUUCAGAAUAUGGUGAGCAAUUUUAUGGUUGGACAGGUAGAACAAGGAGGGCCCAUGGACGCCCUUAUAGAAGCUAGUCAACAGUUUGCGCGACAAUUACAUAACGCUAAUCCCGAAUUGAUUGAAUCUUUGAGACGGCAAAUGGGAGGAAAUUCAAAUGAUCCUGAUCCACCACAAGAAAAUUAAAAGAACUGUGAUUGUGACAUAUUAUAAAGAUUCUACACAAAAUGGAAGUAACUAAAUUUAAUUGAAACAUAUAAUAGCUAUUAGCCAGUGCCUAUCCCUUUUUCAUAUGCAG